AUGUGCGACAACCACCCAGGAAUCUCCCUGCUUAACAUCACCGAAAAAAUCUUCGUUCGCACUCUUCUUAAUCGUCUGAACAACCAUCUGGACAAAGGACUCCUGCCUGAAACCCAGAGCUGCUUCCGCCGUCAUCGCGGAACCACCGACAUAAACUUCAUCGUCCGCCAACUGCAAAAAAGUUGUCAGGAGAUGCGGGUCCACCUCUACUCCAACUCCGUGGAUCUCACGAAAGCCUUCGAUACGCUGAAUUGCGAGGGACUGCGGAAAAUCAUGGAGAAGUUCGGCUGUCCCGAGCCGUUCACUCCGAUAGUGGGUCAGCUCCAUGAUGGAAUGACAGUGUGUGUCACGGAUGAUGGAGUCGUCUCAGAGGUAUUUGCAGUAACUAAUGGAGUGGAGCAGGGCUGCGCACUCGCACCUACACUCUUCAGUCUCAUGUUUUCUGCCAUGCUAAUGGACGCCUAUCGCAAAGAACGCUCCAGGAUCUCGUCGCCUACAGGACGGACGGUCAGCGGUGAAUGUACUUCCAGGCUCAUGCAUCCACAACAUUCAUCCAUGAACUUCUCUUCGCCGACAACUGCGCUGUCAACGCCGCCUCUGAAGGGGACAUGCAAAGGAGCAUGGGCCUCUUUGCCGCUGCAUGCGACAGCUUUGGACCAAUCAUCAACGCGGUGGCUAUGCAUCAACUGCCAUUCGACGCUACCUACGUCGCACCCCAAAUCAACGUGGACGGAGCCCAGCUGCGAGCCGUGGACAACUUUACCUACCUGAGCAGUACCCCCUCCAGCAACACCAAAAUGGGAGAUAAAAUGUCCCACUGGAAUUCCAAGACCAGCCAAACCUUUGGCCGCCUGCAAACCACCGUCUGUAAUCGUCACGAUCUUCACAUCAGCGCCAAACUGAAGAUGUACAAAGCGGUCAUCCUACCGACGCUGCUGUAUGGAGCGAAGGCUUGGACGGUGUAUAAAAAGCAGGCACAACGAUCCAACCACUUCCACCUCAGUUGUCUCCGAUGGAUAUUGAAGCUGAGCAAGACGGGAUCCCGGACACGGGCAUACUAG